AUGGCAGACGACAGCGACGAUGUGCAUACGUGUGCGCAGCGCGGUGAUGUGCCUGCGCUGGAAGCGCUGCUGGACGCAGGUGUGGAUGUGAAUCUGCGCGAUGCAGACGGUGUGACGCCGCUGCACUGGGCGGCCAUCAAUGCACAUGUCGCGUGCUGUGAAUGGUUGUUAGAGCGCGGCGCGGACGUGCACUGCCAAGGUGGUCAACUACAAGCUACGCCGCUGCAUUGGGCGGCACGGCGAGGGCAUACACAGGUUCUCUCUCUUCUUCUCGCCCAUGGCGCUGAUCCACUUAGGUUGGACGGCCAAGGGUUCCAUGCGUUGCAUCUGGCGACGCACAGCAGUAUGGUUAUGGCUGUGAUUUUCUUACUGCAAUGCCCUGCUUUCCACGCAGAUGCCUCCCUAGAUGCACGCGAUCCGCAAGGGCACACCUCGCUCAUGUGGGCUGCCUUUCAAGGCGAUGCUUUGUCUGUUGACGUGCUUCUGAAGCAUGGUGCUGCUGUCGAUGUAGUAGAUAUGGAUGGACUUACGCCGCUGCACUGGGCUGUCGUGCAUGGCAACUGGCUCUGUAUUAAGCGGCUUGUGCAGGCAGGCAGCUCGCUAACCAUGGAGGAGCAUAAGGGCAAGACGCCGCAUGGUCUCGCGCUCGAGCUCCAGCAUGGCCAUGCCUUUACCCGCGCGAUGGCCAGUCUAGGUCUGCAGCCCGAUGGCUCACCAUUGCACCGCUAUCUGACGAAGCCUGUAGUGCAUACGCUGGUUUUUCUUGUGCCAUUCUUGCUGUAUGGCGUCAACUUCUACGUGACCAGUCUUAUGCCAUGGUACCUGGCGCCCUGCACGUUUGUGCUGGGCAUUCUUGGGACCCAUAUCCUUGUGGCUCGAGGGAUUCUCGAGGCACAGAGCAGCCAGGCGCUGCAUGCGACACCCUACUUCCUAUCUCUGCUGACGCUCACCCUGGCGUACAUUGCAUGGAUGCUUGCCGUGUUUGUGGGCCCCGGCCUGCCGUCUCGCCUAUGGACGCCGCUGCUUUGGGUGCAUGUGGUGGUAGUCACAACCUCGCUUCUCGUCUGUGUACAUACGUCGCCAGGCCAGUGUGCCGUCCCAGCGUCCAAAGAGGAGCGGGCACGUACCAUCCAGGCACUCACAGCGCGUGGCGAGCUGCAUAGCCUCUUUUUCUGUGCGACAUGCUUAGCCCGACGACCAUUGCGUUCCAAGCAUUGCCCCAUUUGCAAGAUGUGUGUCGCGCGGCAUGAUCACCACUGCCCAUGGAUCGCGAACUGUGUCGGCGUCGGCAAUCACCGCGUGUUUCUGCUCAUGUUGAUCGCUGCGCAGAGCGGUAUUUCCAUCUAUCUCGUGCGCGUAUUUUUGUACUUCUACCACCAUGUGCCCUUGUCGCUCAUCGCGCAGCAGCGAUGCCCGGUCCCUGUGGCAUGCGCCGCUGUGGCAUACAAUGGCAUUCUGUUCUACUCGUCGGUGUGGGUGGUCAUCACGCAGCUAUGGCUGGCUAUCCUCACCGUCGGCCAACUUAUCUUUAUUGGCUACCAAAUGACGACGUUUGAACGUAGCAAUGUCAAGAAGCAUGGGUUUAUGGGCGGCCAUCCUGAUGCAGGCAUGCAGCCUCAAUCCGGCUUUAUCAAGCUUAAAGUCGCGGCACUGCAAGCGCAAGGACAUUCCCCUGCUGAGAUUCAGCGCUUGAUUCAUGGGCGAGCCCCGCAACGCAAGGGAUUGUGGAAUGCGAUGCAGCAGUCGGGCUGGUCGUUGCUGGCAUUGAUCGGCCUUGACUUACUAUACAACCCUCUAUGA